AUGUUUUUCCUGAUUUAUAUUUAUUAUUUUUCCCUUGUUAAAGACAUGAAGACAGUCUACAGAGGCGAGAUAAUCAAUCUUAACAUAGACACAGCAUUUGAUUUUAUAAAAAUUUGUGAUAAGACUAUUUUAACUAAAAAUUAUCGUGUACCUUUAGAAUAUAGAAUAAGUAAGUACUAUGAUAAUUGUAUUGAGUACAGUCCUUUAAAUGAUAGUAAACUUGUCAUUAACUAUGUGAAACGGGUACAAUGUCUUGAUAAUGUAGGGAUAUUACGAUUUAGAGAAUUUGAUGGGCCAUUUUAUGAAGAGAAAUUAGUACACUAUGAAGUGUACAACUUAAAGUAUCCCUUUGAGAUUACUGAAUAUUGUGACGGUAACAGUAUCAUAUUUAAAAUCAAUAAAGUCAAAAUAAAAUAUAAAAUAAUUUGUGAUGGACUUAUUAAUAAAUUACAUGAUAAUUUGUAUAGACUAAUUAAUGCUACUAAAGUAGUAAUUACAAGUGAAAGCCCAAAAAACAUCCAUUAUGUACAUACAAUAUCUUGUUUAUUUAAAUAUAAAUUUAAUUUAACGCAUAAUCAAUUAAUAAUAUUUAGAAAUGUUCUGAUCGAAAAAUAUCUAAAAUUAGAAGAUAAUAAAAAAAGGAGGUAA